GACGCUUUAUUAAUAACCACAGUCAGGCUUUUUUGUGCUGUCAACCCAGUACCAGAGACAAAACUAUUCUUCGCAAAUCACGCCUCACUGUUUGAAAAGCCCACAGAUGGCGCAAAGGCUGGAUGUUCUUGCCUUGCCUGCAUACUUCCUUCCGGAAUCCGAUCCGAGCAUGGCAAGAAUCCACGUGAUCAUCUAAAACAUAUGCCACGUUGUUUUUUGGCUUGGCUUCUGGAGUCUUGGCUGUCUGAUGCCCUGAUCCGGACACAUGUCGUCCGCUUCCAAGGCUUUCAAUGAAGCAGAGGCUGCCUACGCGAGAGGCGCUAAAUCAGAGUUGUCGUCAGACUUUUCUGCUGCAUUCCGUCUUUACCUCGCAGCUGCUGAUGCCUUCUUACAUCUAUCUCGAUCGGAGUCAUUGAAUCCUGUCUUCCGGACUAGGUGUAAGGCUAACGCGGCGAAAGCCUUAGAGAGGGCAGAGAAAAUCAAGAAAGCGAGUGAGCAGCCAGGAGCAACCUUUGAAGUCGAUGCCGUCCCGAUAGAUUGGUUUGCCCAGGAACAACAGCAAUAUAUCCUACGAAAGUCGUCGGUCAUUAACAGUAUCCGUUAUCCAAUUUGGACGGACGCCGUGCCUAUGGCUGGACCCAACGUUUUGUAUACUGAUCCGGAUGGGCAGCCGUCUGUUCCGCAGUAUGCCAUAUUUUCCGCAGAUGGUAGUUCGCGCUUUCUCAGCUGGAAUCGUCCCGUAAAUGCGGCACCCACGCUCCCACCAUUACCUUCCCCAACGUUUUCCACCCCUUCCGUCGUUUCGGAACCAAAUGUGGACUUAGCUCCUGCGGACAUCGAACAACAUCUGAUCAAUGACUGUUCUGUCUGUGCUGUGCUUGCAGUCUGUGUGCAACAUACAAAGACAUUUAACUCCAAGCUCCUUUCCUCUAUUUAUCCUGGCCGGCAGCCUGGGCGAUACGACAUCAAAGUCUUAAUUAACGGUGCGCAUCGACGAAUAACCAUUGAUGAUGCCCUCCCAUUUGACUCGAAUGGCAAUCCAAUCGGGAUCUCUACUGGUGCUAAAAAUAUUUUGUGGCCAGCUCUGAUUGAGAAAGCCUACAUGAAGUUAAUGGGAGGAUACGACUUCCCUGGAUCGAAUUCUGCUAUAGACCUACAUGCUCUCAGCGGAUGGAUUCCCGAGUUUAUUGACUUGCACAGCACGUCCUUUGAGAAGGAAAGAACUUGGACAAGGCUUAUGCGCGGUUUUCACAAUGGUCAUUGCGUCCUGACCGUUGGUACAGACUCCAAGACUACACGGAGAAUCAAAGGUCUUAGAUUAUUACCCUCGCAUAACUAUGCUGUGAUUGAUGUCAGAGAAACAGCCGCUGACCGGUGGAUGACGUUGCUAGACUCGAGGGUACCUGGUCGGUCCUCUCCGUUAAUGAGCGAAUAUGAAUCGCAUGCCCUCGACAUGCGAUGGGAUGACUUAUGUGCAACAUUUGAGGGGGUGUAUGCGAGUUGGGACCCUAGACUUUUUCAUCGAGAGCUAAGCUUUCACGGUAUGUGGAAGCCAGGGAAUGCGGAAGAUAUGGAACAAUCGUGUGUCCGCCAUCUGCGGUUGUUGUACACAUACACGCCGAGCUCAUCUCAAACUGGCUGCGACACGUAUCCAGUUUCCGAUAAUGAGGUCUGGGUCCUUCUUGUACGGCAUCGACCUGACGCACCACGAACCGGGGAGUAUAUUACGGCAACCGUGGAUGCGGAAGACGAGUGGAUGGAUGCAGGAGUGUCGUUGGGGAGGCUCCCUCCAUUGGCCGGAGGGAGGGCCAAGGCGGAAGCCAAAAUUAAGGGAAUAUAUACCACCUCUACGCACGUCCUAGUUCGGACGAAGGUCUGCAUUAGCCAGGUCCCGCAUAGCCAGUGCGGGAGUUCCACCCCAUCCUUUCUCUCGCCAUCCCCCGCACGAUGGCCUGCUACUCCAGGCUCUCCGACAAGUUCCUCGUUGAGCCAGAACUCCGUCAGCUCGGUUUCAGGCGCUCUCGCUGUGCUGGCUUGCUAUGACGGACCAUUCGAUGACGUUUGUUUCACGGUCAGUGUGUUCUGCGGAUCAGGGCUCUCAAUAAAGUGGGAUGAAAGUGCUGGUGUGGGAGGGAUUGGUGUGAAAGGACACAGCAUGAAGGUGGAAGGUGUCUUCACCACGAAGAACUCUGGCGGGAAUCAUUCGCACCCAACCUAUAUGCUCAACCCGCAAUGGCAUCUGCGCAUAUUCGAGCAAGAGGCCAUAAGGUCUGUCUCUCCAGCUGCUGGAGCGAGUUCGUCGAGAGCGUCCGGUACGGCGCAAAGUCCGAGUGGAUCACAUGGAGACAAGGCAGCAGUUAUUGUCACUGCUCGGAGUCCGAGAGACGUCCCACUCAAUCUGACGGUGGUUUGGUCAACGGGAGAACGAGUCGUCGAACUUGCACAAAGGGAAGUAGUUGCAACCUCUGGAGCGUAUGGGUAUGGGUAUGCCAGGGCAUUUGCGAAUCUGCCAUUGGGAAACUACACGGUCAUAUUAUCCACAUUUGAGCCACAAGUCCAUUUUGGAGCCUUCACGCUCAAAGUUGAAAGCUCCCGCAAGUUCGAAUUUGAACCGAUUCCGCAAGAGGGAGCUGGGAUGUAUGCUAGAGUCACCAGAGGACGAUGGGACAUGCAAUCGGCCGCGGGGAGUCCAAUCCAUAACCGCUACCACCUCAAUCCGGUGUAUGAGGUGGACAUUCCAUCUACGGCGCAGUUUGGUGCCCGACUACACCUGACGUCAGGGCCCCAAUCGGCCCCCCUCAAUCUAUCACUCUUUCCAGCUGUUGAGCCUCUUUCCAUAAAUUGUCCUCUAGCUUCCUCUGGUCCAUACAGCGACGCCCUUGCGGGCGUAGACAUUCCGAAGCGGACACUGCGAGCAGGGAAGUACUGGCUAGUUCCGUCUACUUGGGUAGCAGGCAUUCAAGCCGAGUUCAAACUUGUGGUAUAUUGCUCGGACUCUGGGUGCGCAGUACGUAAAAGGACAUCAGAGCGAUAACAGGAAAUCAUUCACUCUCUUCAAAGUUAAUCGCUUUCGCU